AUGUAUGGACAAUUCACCAUUGUAAUUUUGAACUUUUUGAAAUUUAACAUUGUUGAAAAUCUUGCCCAUUUAUAUGGAACUCAACCAUGGCAUUGGUAUUUUACUCAGGGAUUUCCUGUCAUGUUAUUAACACAUUUCCCUCUCUAUGUGUGGAUUAAUUUUGUGAAUAGGGAAUAUAGUAGAAAAUAUUGGAAACUUAAUUGUGUCAUUCUCUUACCAGUAUUGGUCUAUUCAUUACAAGCUCAUAAGGAGUUUAGAUUUAUCUAUCCAAUUUUACCACUCUGUUUUAUUUCAAUUGGAGAUUUUAUUCACAAUAAGGUUCAUAUCACUGAUAGAGGAUACAGACUCUUACUUGUAAUUAUGACCAUUGUUCAACUGGGUGCUGUAUUUUAUCUUGGAAGAAUUCAUCAAAGUGCUCCAAUUAAGGUGGUCAAUCAUUUGAGAAGUGAGAGUCAACAAUUCUUCAAACAACAAUUGCCUGUUACUGGGCAAGAAAAGGAUAUGGUAGUUCAUUUAUUAAUGCCUUGUCACCAUUUGCCUGGUCAUGCAUUCUUAUUUGAAGGAAGACAAUCCACGAGACAUAUUAAGCUAUUCCACUUGGACUGCUCUCCUUUUGAUGGAGAUGAUUCACAAGCUGAUAGAUUCUACAAUAAUCCUCUAGAGUUUGUACAGAAAGUAUCCAAGACACACAAAGAAGCACAUUAUGUAGUAAUGUAUGAUCAUCACAGUGUUCAAUCUGUUGCCGAAUUUCUCAUCCAACAACACAACUUUACUCUACAUCAACGAUUCUUCCAUAUGCACUUAACUCAUGAUUCUAGAAUAGGAAGACAAAUAAUAAUUUUAAAAAAGAAUUAA